UUCUGCCAUAUUUAGUGCUGAUUCUGGCUUCACGGGUUUGUACUGUAGUUACGGUGCCCCGGGGAAUGGUCUUGUUUGUAACACCUCUUCUGAGCCACGGUCAUUAAGGGAAAGAUUAGUGUUUCGUUACAGAAGCGGUCAAUAUUGGUAGAAAGAUGACUACGAGAUCAGAAAGGGAAAAGGCCCAAAAACUCAAUGAACAACACCAGGCCAUCCUGUCCAAAAUGCUGAGGGAAGAGGAUAACAAAUACUGCGCCGACUGUGAAGCAAAAGGUCCACGAUGGGCGUCCUGGAACCUGGGAGUGUUCAUAUGCAUCCGGUGUGCCGGGAUCCACCGCAACCUGGGGGUGCACAUAUCGCGUGUCAAAUCCGUCAACCUGGACCAGUGGACCCCAGAACAGAUCCAGAGUGUGCAGGAGAUGGGCAACACCAGAGCGCGGCAGCUCUACGAGGCCAACCUUCCAGACAACUUCAGACGACCUCAGACAGACCAGGCGGUCGAGUUCUUCAUCAGGGACAAGUACGAGCGGAAGAAGUACUACGACAAGAAUGCCGCCAACGGCACCAGCAAGUCCUCUGAUGCUGCCGCAGCCCCUGUGUCCUCUCCCUCCUCGCAAGCAGCAGAGAAAAGCAAGCUGGAGAAGGAGAGGGAGAAGAAGGAGGAGAGGAAGAGAGAAAAGGACGUAGACAAAGGGAACAAACCCGCAUCUUAUGACAAACCCCAGAAGAGAGACGAGAGCCAGCCAGAGUCCAAAGCCAGCCCCAUGAAAAGCUCAGAGCCAGCCAUCGACCUGCUAGGCCUGGACACCCCAGCGGUCGGUGCUGCUAAUGGUGGCAACGGAGCAGCCAGCACGGCCCCCCUCAGUGAUGACCUGGAUAUCUUCGGCCCCAUGGUCUCUAACCCCCUCCCGUCGUCCGGCGCACAGUUCUCUCAGGCCAGCUCCAGUAAAGCCCCGGCUGCCCCGGCAACAGCAGGAGCUGGAAGUUCAGCCCCCGCCCAGGGAGACCUGGACCUUUUCAGCGAGAGCGGCUCGAAAGCGGAAGACUCGGCCAAGAAGCCCCUCUCCAAGGACUCCAUCCUGUCUUUGUACAGCACCAGCAGCAUGGGCCAGCAGCCCGCCCCUGCUGCCAUGUUCAUGGGACCCUCUCAGAUGCAGUUCCCCGCCCAGCCCCCCUCCAACUUCCAGGCCUUCCCAGCCAUGGGCGCCGCCAUGCCCCCCACCACCAUGAUGGGUGCCGUCAUGGGCCAGGGCGGGGCCAUGAUGGGCCAGAACGCGGGCAUGAUGGUCGGCAUGACGAUGCCCAACGGCUUCAUGGGAGGCGCGCAGACGGGGGUGAUGGGACUGGCCCCCGGGGUGAUGGGGCCGCAGGCGGGCGGCAUGCCAGCGGGAGUGGUGCCCGCGCAGAACAUGUAUGCCAUGCAGCCCGGCCAGCAGGGCCAGUGGAACAUCAGCCAGAUGAACCAGCAGAUGUCUGGAAUGAGCCUGAACGGCGCGGGCGGGGCCAUGGGCUUUGGACAGCCAGGCGCCGCCAUGGGAGGCUGGGCGGGGCCGCCCUCGGGCCAGACCCUCAGCACGCAGCUGUGGAAGUGAACGUCGGGGGGCCGGGCGGGGUGCCGGCAGUGGGUGGAGCCCCGGGCCCGUCAGCCCCUCCCACGCCGUCCACAAGCCCGAGUUUUAUCCACGUACUGACACGCGUUUUUUUUCUCGUUUCCAACCGUUAAUGCUCGGGAGAAUAUUGGCUCCGCCCGGUCGGUGUGUAUUGAUUGAGUGGCCGGAGCGUGAAGCUGUAUACAGACUGGCAGCAUUGUCCAUCUUAUUUAAAAACAACUUUUUUUUCUUUUUUCUUUUCUUUUCUUUUUUCUUUUGUUUUUUUAAGCAUAUCAGCGAAGAAGCUGCUGGACCAAUUAUAAAGGCGUCUAAUAUAUCAUUACCAAAUCAAUAGUGAAUAAUAGUAUUUAAAUGGAAGAGAAAUGGCUAUCAUGUCUGUGAAUUCCUCUCUCAUGUGUAUAAGCUCCCGUGCCCCGGCAAUCCCCCUUGAUGAUAUCAUAUGAGAAAAUGUACUGUAUGUUACCAUAAAUAGAGAUAUCCAAGGAAGCUGUGACCAUUGCUUUGUUCCACUGACCACCUCUUCAGUUGAAACAAUUAGUUCAUCUUAUUGUGAUUGUUUAUUGUGCGCAUUACAGAGAAGCACAGUUAGCAAGGUCAAAAUAAACCUGGAUGACUGAAGACUGGGAGACAGGGCAUUGCCGGGUGUGAAUUGGAAAUCUGGGAGGGAAAGGAAAGCAACGAACACACAUCCAGGCGAACUUUAGAUUAAAUGCUGCAGCAGAGUUUCUACGAACAUAGACAGGGUCUCUCUGCCCGUCAGUAAGGAAAGGUUUCAUACCUCGUCCUCCAGGUUUAUUUCUGUAAUGUGUUUACAUUUUCUGGUGCCUAGUACAGAUAAAAAAAUGUUAUUUCUGUGCAUUAAACAGUGAAUAGCCAUGAAAUAUCGCGUGAUCCUUUCCUCUGACGUCUCGUAAAGCUUCCUUUGUCCCUGUUCUGUUUUUUUUUUCAUUAUUUUAAAGGAGGGUCGUUCAGAAUAAAGACAGCUGUAACUGUUCUCAGGUUUAUUCACUGUAUGUAAAACUGACAGCGCAGCCCUCCACCCUGGGCGUAGCGACCGGCACAGAAUCUGCCGAAAUAAAGAUGCGCAGUGCCGCGGCUCCUCCCCUGUGCCACCGAAAUGAAGUCGAAGUCGAAGGUGUCGUUCGUUUCAGAAGAGCGGCGAGGACUGUUCUGCACACCACGUGAACACUCGAAUGAAGACAAGAAGAACUCUCUGACCUCCCUCCUCUUUUGGCAAACGUGGAACGGUGAGGAUAUGGCGUC